UCAGCUCCAUACACUCUGAUUUUCUCUCUCCUCUACUGCGCACUAAACAUGAUUUUUUAUAUUUUUUUUUUACUUUGAUCAGUGUCUCCGGGUCUCAGAGUGAACUGAGAGGGUGUGUGAGGGUGCACAGAGUCAGCGAGAGAGUGUGUGUGUGUGUGUGUGUGUGAGUGUGUGUGAGAGAGAGAGUGUGUGUGUGUCUGUGUGUGUGAGAGAGAGAGAGAGAGAGUGAGUGUGUGUGUGUGUGUGUGUGAGAGAGAGAGAGUGUGUGUGUGUGUGUGUGUGUGUGUAUGUGUCCUCAUACUUAAAUAUGCGGCGUCUGCACGGAGCCCUUAAAGCUGAUUCCUCGCGCGCCGGUGAUGUCAUUUGGGACCACCGAUCGACACAGCAUGUAACAGAAGUCCCCUGAAGCUGAACUCUUCUGGAUAAAAGGGAAGAAGAUGUCGCAGUCAGGGUGGGCUCUAAUCUGUCUCCUUCUGUUCAGGGCAGGAACUGCAGGUGAAGUGACGUUGCAGUGCGGAGUUUCUCCUGCAGGGGUGCUGCACCCUGUUCACGCUCAGCUCGAACGCUUCGAGGCGGGGCCAGGCUGCGCUGCCAGAGAGGGCGGAGCUAAAGAGACCCAUGUGAUCUCUGUGGCGAGACCUAAUCACAGCACUGACAAACUGGUGACGGUGGUUCUGAGGCCACUGUCUUACACAUAUCCUGUCCAUCGCCCAGUCAUUCUUGUACUGAGUUCCCAGCAUGCCAUGCACUGGGUUCUGGAGAGCGAGGGGCUGCCGGAGAAUCUCCACGUGCUGGUGCAGGUCUCAGCAAACUCCACACUGGAGAACGGGAGUGUGUCGGCUCGUGUCCAUGCCAUACCCUCAUUGCCGUGGCGACCUCGUGCUCUACUGCGCUGGACUCUUCAGCGUCAUGCAACCAUCUCCUCCCUUACACACUCGGCCAGUGCCAACCGCGUUUACCUCCGCCUCGGGGAGGAUCUCAGCAUGCCGAGUGUGUGCCGCCUGCAGUCUCUUUUCCUCUCUCAUAACUACAUGGCAUCCAAGCUGCAGGAACAGGAAGUGAAUGGCUGCACUUCCUCAGAGAGACUCUCCAACCCGGAAGUGCACGUCGUCAAGCUGUGGUCUGCAGGCUCUGGACUCUGUGGGUCGUUACAGGUGGAGGUGUCUGUCUCUCUGCUGCCCCCGGUGGCUGAUGCUGGGUGGUGUAAUGUAGUGUUAGUGUUGAGCAGUGCUGCUCCAGUAAACUGGGCUCUUGUGACUCCGGGUCUCCGUGGCCACAUCACAGUUCAUUCGUCUCACAGUGUGACGCCUCUUUAUCCUCCCAAACCCGACCUCACCAUGAGCAGCACCAUCGUCCCUGACCUCCUUGCAACCCCUGACUUGCUCACCUGGGCCAAUCAGAAUGGCUAUCCCUCUGUGAUGUCGUACACAGAAGCUCAUCUAGCCAAUCGCCUUGUGAUCAAGCUAAAAGGGGGCGGGGCAGUGCAGGCUGUCAGGGAGGCGAAGGUGGAGGAGACUUGGCUGAGACACUGGCUGUCUCGUGAGGUCAGCGAUGGUGUGGGCAGCAGGAAGGUCGUCAGCGUGCAGUGUGUGGAUGGACGCCUCUCUGUCUCUGUGGAUAAAAGCUCCUUACAGGCUCUGGCUCUGUCAGUUUCAGCGGUGACCCUGAGGGACCCUUCGUGCCAAGCACGGUCCAACGGGAGCCAUUUCCUGUUGGCGUUUCCAGUCAUUUCCUGUGGGACUGAAGGAGAGAUGGAACAACAUGGCAGAGAAGUGCAGUACAAAAACACGAUAUUGCUGUGGAGGUCUAAUCCUUCACUGAACAUGCAGGAAAAGACAGAAGAGAAAUCAGCCAACGAGUCAACUCCGCUGGUUAUACAUUUCAGAUGUAUAGCUCCUCUGCCCACUCUCGCCAGCGCGUCUACACCGAGCUCGUCCUCCAGGCCACAGGGGAUGCUGCGGAGUGGGAGUGGCCCCAUCUCCGUCCCCGCCUCCGGCCACGCCUCCGGUCCACCCUGGCUGCCGGUCCCACACGGCGGUCCUCUGCUCUCCAUGCGACUGUUUGCCACAGACAGGUUUGAGCAGAGAGCAGUGGGGCCCUGCGUGGUGACGGUUCAUGGACGAGUGUAUGCCGAGAUCUCAGGCAGUGUGGGGGUCAGUGAGAGGUUGGAGAUACGGUCGUGUGUGUUCUCUCCUCUAUCGGACCCUCGCGCUCAGACCGGGUGGCCUGUCAUUCGAGACUUCUGUCCCGCGGACCCGUCCUUCAUCAUGCACACGGAGACACAGACAGAACGCACAGGUGAGGAUGGAGACGGAGAUGCAGAGAGCGACGAGGGAGAAAGAGAGGGUAGUGAUGAAGAAAGACCAGAGGAAGAUGAGCCUGAGAGAGAGCAGGAUACUGGAGAGAAUGAGACGCGUCUUGUUCCAAAAACGAGGGACGAUGAAGAGGGUACUGGGACGAGGAGACUUUCCUCAGACAACCAGAGGGACAAAGGUUUACAGGGAACAAGAGACAGGGUGUCCAGAGGAGUGGACGUGGGACAGCAGACAGAGAGGACAGAGAAGACAGUCCAGCUCAGGUUCAGCUUCAUUCUGCGGCCGGUGUUUAAUAACUCCAUCCAGUUCCUGCACUGCAGCCUGCAGCUGUGUGGAGACGCCACUGAGACACACAGAGACUGCACACACACACCACCCGCUCCCACACACACACCAGCAGCUCGACAGUGUGAGUACAGGAACUUGUCCAGGCCCGUGUUGGUCACGUAUCUCCCUGAUGCACUGGCCAGUCUGGUGCCGCCUCCUGCUGGUAAACUGGCUCAGAAGCCUCGUGUGACAGAGACAGUGAUGUCCAGGCACAGCUCAUCCAGCGGUGUUGCCAGCUCCGUGUUGAUCAGUGUGAUUGCUGCGUUCCUGAUGGGUAUCGUCCUGAUGGGUGCGCUGUGGUGCAUCUACUCCUGCACAGGGAGACCUGUGACUGUAGGUAGAAACAGUCUCCAGGAGACUCCAAGUUCCUGGAGCCCGAUGUCUCCGCUGGAACAAACCACCAGCUCGGUGUAGAGGGGCUGGACAACAUGAACAAGAGGCUGAAGAUGUGUUUGUAUGUGUGUGUGUGUGUGUGUGAGAGAGAGAGAGAGUGCUUUGCUGGGUUCCAGACUGCAUCAUGACAAACUGUAAUUUCAUGAGCCAUGGACUUUAUAAACUGAAUAAUGAGCCUCCAUGUUCGAAACCGCUGUUUAUUAAACACUGAAACCACUUCAAUCAGCACCACUGGGCCAGAUGCUGACCUUUAGAUGUAGUUUAAUGACCUGCCCAUUAUGUGAUACAAGUUAUACUACAGUGCUGUUGAAUUCUGGAUCCUGAUUGGUCAGAAGGUGUUGAUUAUUUUUCUAUAACAGCAGCUCUGACAGUAGUGCAGCUGCAAAUCACAUGUCUUACUCUGAUACAAUACUGCUUCUAUGUGGAUUACAAAACGUGUGUAAUUGUCGACACGGUGAAGGUUUCUGUAAGGAGACGGUUAUUGAACAUUGGAAGGAGUCUCCAGUGUCAGUGCUUUGUAACAGUUAGAGGUAAAGCUGUAAUUUUAAGUUUUCCGAUAUCUUCAGGACAGAAGAGUUUAUGCUUUACACUUUACAAGUUUCUUUGUAACAUGACAAGUUUUUUUUUUUUUAAAAAACUUUAAGAAAACCGUUUAUAGCUGCUAUAAUGAAAGCGAGAACAGGAACUAACUUGUUUUGCGGACAUUCCUCAACAUUAAACGUAACUAUAAAUGGAUAAAAAAAAUGUUGUCCUUUAAUUUAAAAAAAUGGUUGUGCUAUAUAUAAGAAGAAUAAAUCAACUUUCAAUGGGGGAGUAACAGUAACUCAGCUUCACGUCAGCCUGCACCACCCUGUCACUGAUUUUUUUCCUAUUACCGCACACCCCCUCAGAUGUUUUAUUCCUUACUUAUUACAUUAUGGCCUUUUGCAGAGAUGUAAAAAGUGUUGAUUUUGCUUGAGCUGCUUUUCAGUGCAGGCAGGUAAACUGAGUUCAGACUAAUUAUUUUAGAUUAUUAGAAUUAUUAGAUUAAAUAAUUAUACACUAAUGACCGGUGCUCUACAGUUAUUAAUGUAUCUGUGUAUGUGUGUGUGUGUGUGUGUGUUUAUAUCGUGACUGUGACUGAUGUGUUUCUCUCGUUCCUCACUGCUGAGACUACAUUAAAGUAAAUCUGUCCGUGCAA